UAAAACCUCCCUGUAUCCAACGGCCAAGAUUCAUGCUACAACUAAAUGUAACCAGCAGUGUAAUAGUCAAAACGACGUCGUUAGCCUUUACGGGUUAUCUCCAUCCACCACCAUCGUCCACACACGCAGAUACGGUGCAUCUCUCCACUCUUCUACGGUGGUGAUUGUUCUGAAGAAGAAGGAAAAGAUGAUGCGAACUCGAUUGCUAUGGUUCGGCGUAGGAUUCACCUCCUCAGCUGCUGUGGUUUCCCAUUUCAUUUGGAAGGAUCUCUGGGUUGACCGUCACGCUUUCUCUUCUCACAUCACUCAUCAAUUCGACGCUCUUCAAACUCGAAUCUCCAAUCUCGAAUCAUCUUUGCCGAAUCAAAAUCCUGUUUCCAAUCACGAUCAGGUUGAAGGCUAGAUAUUCAGCUCCAGUAAAAUGCAUUCUACAAGGUUCUAAGAGCUUUAUGCUUGCUUCAAAAUGUUUGUAGAGGAAAUGUCCUUAAUAAAACAGAUUGCUGAGGCAACCUUAACAUUCUUACCUGCUUUUUUGUUUCCUUGGGAAACUCGCCUAUACUAAGGAAAAAAAGAAACGAGUUUCACAAAGUUUACUAUUUGAUGUUACCAAAUAUUUUUUAAAAUGGGUUAUAUAGUGCAUGGUAUGCUAUAUUAUGAAAUGGUAACAUUUUUGUC